GCCAUCGCUCUCGCAGCUCUGACAUGGGGUCUAAUUUUUUUGAUGUCAAGGUACCUGAAAUAUGUUCCCCACGCAUCCCGUUGCGUUGCAGUUGCUGCUCCAACUCUUGCGCUGUGUUACGACUUCGAAAAUGCGUCAUUUCGUUCAGACUUCGGUAAGGGACUGAUAUAAUGUAACCUUUCUGCGUUAUCCUCGGUACGAAUGUUUUCGUUCACCAGGUUGCAGCAGAGGAAAGGAUAAUUUCAAAUUGCAUCGCUAGUUCAUUGUUUCGUUUAUUAGCAAUGGAGUUGUGAUUGAACCGGAUUCAGAAUCGCUAGUCUUUUGUUCCCCUCACGUCUCGAUCUGCGCAUUUAUAUUCGACCUGUUCAGCACAAGAACCAUAGAAACUGGAAAUCGCGUCAACUCUGGUUCCUGAGUAUGUUUCAAUUGAAAGACGUUUCUGUCAAUAUCAUUUUCCUCGAAUACGUUGGUGCCUUGAUCCGCUCAACAUACAUGCGCCCAGCUCAGAAAAUUAGUACCUCAGUUAUUCACAUUAAUGUGCAGUUUGUUGUGAAAGCACUGGAAAUGCUUCUUUCGAAAUCGAGUCCACAGCGAGCAUCAUAGUCCUCGCCAUUCAUUUCGAUAAACCUCAAACCCUAUUUGGGUCUGGAUAGGGUUAGGUUUUCCACUUCACCAUUUUCGAGCUUGUGUCUGCAUAAUCAUCCGGUGCAUCUGUUGUUCUCAAAAAAUACGAUUGGGGUGUCCUUUCAAACAUUUCAGUCGUUGGAGUGAAUGGAGCAGGUCCCGAAGGUACCCGCUUCAUGAUAAACUUAUGAAUGCACCCGGAGGAGUUUCCUUUGGAAGAUGUUGAAACUGCUGGGAGCAGGAUAUUUAGGCUGAAGUUAACUGAAGGAGCGUACGAAAAUUAUCUCCUGUAAAGAUAUUCCGUUUCGCAUGCAAGCCUAUGACUACGGGGCGUGCUGGUGGCAGGUAUGGGUUGGCAUGUUGCAUAAAAUUUGUGUUCCAAAGAAACGAUGGAGCAACAUGAUUCCGGGCAAGGGGCAGACACAGUUGUGUCUGUGCCGAUGGCCCUGGGUAUCUCCUCGUCUUCUGCCUCACCUGCUGCCUCCUCCAUGUUGGACGCACAUCGGGAACCUCUUGCAAAGCCUCCGAGUUCCGAGAUUUGGGGCAAGAACGAUGCGGUUAUUUCGUCUUCCGAGGUGCAAGAUGAAGUCACCCACCUUGUCGAGUCGGUGGGGAGACCUGGCGGAGGGUCAGGAGACGGAGGGAUCUUGUUAGCCGAGGAGGUGAACGCCGAUGACAAGGUCGUAGAGAGCUGCAAGAAUAACGACAUCGAUAUGCAAGAAAGGGUAGAAGGGGUAGAAACAGGUACCCCAGAAAUCUCGCAAGAAACCAUGGUUUUGGACAACGGAGGUGUUUCGGAGGAAAAUAGGACAGACGGCAGGGAUGUGGGCGUGGCGGCGGAGGACUCUGCAGAUGACGACCAACCGUUAUGCAUGAUGUUGAGAAAGGGCAAGUCGAGAGAGGACGGUCACGGAACGGUUGUGGAUGGGAGUCCGGUGGGGGAGGCGAGUUGUUACCCUUCGGGUGCUGUUCCCUCUCCGUUGGGUUGGCCAGGGACGGGAAAAGUGAAAUCUUCGUCUAGUGUGUCGAAAACAGGGAUGGUUGAUGAGGUGGGGAAGAAACAUGGACAUGGCGACGGGGGUGCAAAGGGCGGCACGUCGAAGAGCCGUCCGAACAGCGGGCUUCAGAGGAGCAGCAGAAAAGGAAGCAUGGAGUCGCGGAGGGCGCUUCGGCAAGCUAAGAAGCGCAGGCACGAUGAUAUGGCGUACGAAGGCGAUAUGGAGUGGGAUGCGAUCGUGGGAGUAGGAGAGGCGCCGUCUGAUUGGAACUGGCACCCCGAGAAAGACAGGCUGAGCAGAGGGCGCGGGAAGGGCAGUUUGGCGUUGUCGUCGCACGGUCGGAUGUUUUCUGGGGAGGCUGCGGCGGUGGCAGCGGGUUUGCGAGCCCGGACCCUGAGUGCGGCGGAAAGGAUAUGCUUCAAGGAUGCAUUGAAACGACGCGGCGGGCUGCAGGAGUAUCUGGAGUGCAGGAACCUGCUCCUGGGGAUGUGGGAGAAGGACGUGCAACACUUGUUGAUGGUGACGGACUGCGGGGUAGCGGAAGAGGCAUCGGCGGAGGAGCCAGGUCGAGCCAGUCUCGUUCGUGAGAUAUACAGAUUUUUGGACUACCAUGGUUACAUCAACGUAGGGGUGGCCAGCAAGCGGCAGAAGCAUGGAGGCGUGCAGGCCGAGCGAGGUAAUGGGAAGUCGAGGGCGAGCGAGAACGGUGAGUCGGUGUUCGAGGGAGCGGAGCUGGACGUAGCUGAAGAAGUGGCACUGAUUCUUGGUCAAAUUCGAGGGAACCCGGGGUCGGGAGCGACGAAGGAGGAAAGUCAUGGCGAGGGUCCGAGCGGGCGAGUGGAUUCUUGCCAUGAUGGAGAGGGAUCGACGGGGAUCACGGAGAACGGGAGCAGUCCGACGUGUUCGCUGACGAAGGGGGCCGUGGAUGGAGAGUCGACACCCAUGGACAUCGACGUGGGUCCGAACGUGGACGCAGUGGAGUCGAUGGCGGUGGUGGGGGUCGAGGAGAAGCAGGAUUGCAAGACGGUGGUUUCGGCGUCGCAGAGCGUGGUGUGCAAAGCGGAGGGCGAGGAGAAUGGGCAGCACCCGGAAGGGGAGGUGGACAAUGAGAUCGACGACAUGGCGACGCUGGACCAGGUGUUUGCCCGGAGGCGGCAUGGGUUGAACGCGAGGAAGAUGAAGCGUGGGGGGUGGGAUGGCGCGAAAGCGGAAGUAUGCGGGUCGGUGGGAGCGAAGGACGAGCUGGACGAGUUCAAGAGCGCGCAGGUGUUGCAGGAGCUGCACAAGUGCGAUGCAGGCGUGGAAGGGCUGGUGGCGUUCAGGGCAGCAGCGGAAUUGGAGAGGCAGCGGAGCCAGAGAGCGGAGCAGGAAGGGGGAAAACGGGUGAUCGUGGUGGGCGCGGGGCCUGCUGGGCUGUCAGCGGCGCGACAUCUGCAGCGGAUGAAGUACCAAGUGACGAUAGUGGAGGCUCGGGAUCGGGUGGGUGGGCGCGUGUAUACGGACAGGAAGACAUUUUCUGCGCCCGUGGAUUUGGGGGCGAGCAUAAUCACGGGUGUGGAGGCAGACGUGGCGACGGAGCGGAGAGCCGACCCUUCUGCGCUUUUGUGCAAGCAGCUGGAUUUGGAGCUGACGACGUUACGCGGGGACUGCCCGCUGUACGAUUCCGUGAGCGGAGAGAAGGUCCCGGCGGACCUGGAUGCCGCAUUGGAGGCGGAGUACAACAGUUUGUUGGACGACACGGUGUUGAUGGUUGCACAGAACGGGGAUGCUGCGAUGCGGCUGUGCCUGGAAGAGGCGCUGGAAGAAUGCCUGAGGAGGCGACGCGCGGGACGCAACGGCGGGGAUGCGGCGAUGAAGAGGGAGGAGGCGAAGGAGAACGGAGUGGUGGGUGAUGUGGGAAGCGAUGGUUCGAGCGUGGAGAAGGUGGCGGGGGAGGAGUCGGAUAUGGUGGCGGCGGUGACGGCGAGCGAGGUGAUAUGCGAGACGCUGGUGGCGAGCGACCCGUGCGAGAAGCUGGCGAUCGCGGAGUGUGCGAGCGAGGGGAAGGCGGGCACGAGGUCGGAGGUGGGGAAGGAAGGGGCGACGGGCGCGGUGCAGGGAAGAGUGGAGGAGGGGAAGCUGAGCGAGCUGGAGCGGCGAAUCAUGGACUGGCACUUCGCGAACCUGGAGUACGGGUGCGCGGCGGAGCUGAAGGAGGUAUCGUUGCCGUACUACCAAGACGACGUGUACGGUGGAUUCGGAGGGGCUCACUGCAUGAUCAAGGGGGGUUACAGCCAGGUGAUGGAGGCACUGAGCGCAGGUCUGGACAUCUGGGAGUCUGAAGCCGGAACGAUCCGGUUCAGCCCUCGGCUUCCUGAGUGGAAGACGGCGUCGAUAAAGCGGCUGGGAUUCGGGGUGCUGAACAAGGUGGUGCUGGAGUUUCCGUGGGCAUUCUGGGACGAGGGUGUGGACUACUUCGGGGCGGCGGCGGAGUGCAGCUCGGGGCGCGGGAGGUGCUUCAUGUUCUGGAACCUGAAGAGGACGAGCGGGUAUCCGAUCCUGGUGGCACUGGUGGUGGGGAAGGCGGCGAAGGAGGGAGAGGGGGUGGAGAGCGGGGAGCUGGUGGAGCACGCGGUGGGGGUUUUGAGGAAGCUGUUCGGAGAGGAGGCGGUGGGGGAGCCGGUGGCGUCGGCAGUGACGAAGUGGGGAGAGGAUCGUUUCAGUCGGGGGGCGUACUCGUACGUGGCGUUGGGGGCAUCGGGGGAGGACUACGACAUUUUGGCGCGGCCGGUGGAGAAGUGCGUGUUCUUCGCGGGGGAAGCAACGUGCAAGGAGCACCCGGACACGGUGGGGGGUGCGAUGAUGAGCGGGUUGAGGGAGGCGAUAAGGAUGAUGGACAUAAUGGAGAACCGCGGCGACAGCAUGGCGGAGGCGGAAGCGCUGGCGGCUGCUCAGCGGCAAUCGGACAGCGAGAGGAACGAGGUGAGGGAUAUGAUGAAGCGGUUGACGGCAGCAGAGCUGUCGAACGUGCUGAGGGCGGAGACGGGGGCGGCGAACGGAGAGAGAGGACCUCUAAGUCGUGCGGAGCUGUUGAAGGACAUGUUCGGGCAUGCGAAGACAACAGCAGGGCGGCUGUUUCUGAUCAAGGAGAUGUUGCAACUGCCGGUGGCUCCUCUGAAGGGUUUCGCCGGGACGAAAGCUGGGCUGGAGAUUUUGAAUACGUGGAUCAUGGACUCGAUGGGCAAAGAUGGGACUCAGCUUCUGCGGCACUGCGUUCGACUGCUGCUUGUGGUGGCGACGGACCUAGUUUCGAUUCGGCAGUCGGGUGUGGGGAAAACCGUGAAGGAGAAAGUGUGGAUGCACACAAGCCGCGACAUUCGAGCCGUGGCGAGUCAACUUGUGAAACUGUGGGUGGAGGUAUUCAGACGGGAGAAAGCACAGGGGACGAUAAAGUCGAUCAGGAAGUCGGCCGGAAGUUCACCGAAUGCGGGCGCAGGACAUGCGUCGGCGAAAGCAAAGGAUGUUCAGAGGUGCGCGGCGAGCGGUGGAAAGCUGAACGUUGCAGGCAGCGGCGGUUCGAAGUUCAGGGCUUCGAACCAGUCGGCUUCACCAAGCGGGGAGUCUCCGUCGGGUGGACAGAGCAAGGCAUCGAAUGUGGAGGAGCCGAGAAGCGACGAGGGCGGUGCGGUGGGUGGUCAAAACGCUGAAGGGGUGUGGAGAGGUGCGGAGUCGAGAAAUGCAGAGAGGCCGCUGUCUGAGUUGGAGGUGAAGGCGAUUGUGGCGGCGGAGGAGGCACGGGCUGCAGCGGCUGCAGCUGCAGAGGCGUACGCACAAGUGGAGGCUCAGCGAAAGGCUCUUCCGGAGCUGCCAAAGAUCUUGUCGUUUCAUAGGUUUGCAAAGCGCGAGAAGGAGGAUAGUAUGGACUGGAAGACGAGAAGCUGGCUGGGGAUGGGUGAGAAUCCUGCAGGCUCCAGCGCAGGCGCAGGUCCAGCAGGUUUGGAGCAGAGAGUGGCACAAGAGAACAGCUGUGUGUGGUCUGAGCAGGGGAAUGGGGGUGAUGGUACGGGCGGAGUGCAUCAAAGUACACCAAGCGAGCAGGGCGAUGGGUCGGUUUCGGGUGUGCCGGCGUCAAUGGUGGCUAGUAGCGACACGAAUGGGCACGCGGAGACUCAGGCGGAUGGAACGGGAAGGAGCGGAGAUGUUGGGAAAGCGGCGGAAGAUGUUGUGUUGAGUAGCAGUUGUGCGAGAAUGGAAUCGUUAGGCACAGGAGAGGAGGAGGGUGGUUGUGGAACGGAGGCUGCGGCAGGUAGGGUGGAGGGCGCAAGCACAGCGUGUCCAGAUGUGGGUGGUGCGGAGGCAAGUGCGGCCCCUGCAGAGAAGCGGGGAGGGGCGGACGCAAUCAAGAAGGCGGUGUCAGACUACGUGGUUCAGCUGUUGACCCCUCUGUAUAAGACGAGGAGGAUACAGAAGGAAGACUUCAAGGCCAUAGUGAAGAAGUCGACUGCGAAGGUGAUGGACCGGAACACUGCAAGGGACAACAGCAUGGACGUCUCUGAGUUUUUGAACAUGAAGCGGAAAGUGAAGAUUCGGUCUAUGGUAGACGUGUUUAUAGAGCGACAUCUGAAAGUGGUCUCAAAUUGAAGUGUUCGGAGGAUUCUCGCGAUGCGUUGCAUUGACAGGAUAGAUUAGAUUUAUUCAGGUUUAUUUUUCUUUACGUAUUUCGGAGAAUACUAUUGUAUAAUGAUAUCAUUCUUUAAUCUUAGAAAUUGUGAUAAUUAUAGUCCCCAGUGUCACUACUUUCUAAAUAAUGUGCUUUGAAGGUUCUAUCUAACUAACAAAAUAAUUAAAUAACAUUAUUAUGUAUUCGUAUUA